UAAGCAGCAAUGCUCCGAUCAAAGAGCUGAGAGCAAAGCAGGGUGCAGCUGCCCUAUAAUGACUGGCCACCACAGUUGGGGAUAUGGGCAGGAUGACGGGCCUUCUGAGUGGCACAGAUCUUAUCCUAUUGCCCGAGGGAACCGUCAGUCACCUAUUGAUAUAAUUUCUGCAAAAGCAGUCUAUGACCCGAAUCUGAUGCCGCUUAUUGUCUCCUAUGAAUCCUGCACGUCUCUCAACAUCUCCAACAAUGGCCACUCAGUUAUGGUUGAGUUUGAAGAUACUGAUGACAAGACAGUGAUCAGCGGUGGUCCCUUUGAAAAUCCCUUUCGGCUAAAGCAGUUCCACUUCCACUGGGGGGCAAAGCACAGCCAGGGAUCAGAGCAUACAAUUGAUGGCAAACCUUUCCCCUGUGAGCUCCACUUAGUUCACUGGAAUGCCAGAAAAUAUGCAACAUUUGGAGAAGCAGCAGCAGCUCCAGAUGGCUUGGCAGUAGUUGGUGUUUUCUUGGAGAUUGGAAAAGAACACGCCAAUAUGAACAGGCUCACUGAUGCUUUGUACAUGGUAAAAUUUAAAGGGACAAAAGCUCAAUUUAGAAGCUUCAACCCCAAAUGUCUCCUGCCUUUGCGUCUAGAUUACUGGACGUACCUUGGAUCUUUGACAACACCACCACUUAAUGAAAGUGUAACGUGGAUAGUGCUGAAAGAACCCAUCAGUAUUUCUGAGAAACAGCUGGAGAAAUUCCGCACGCUCCUCUUCACCAGUGAGGAAGACCAGAGGAUUCAAAUGGUGAAUAAUUUUCGCCCCCCUCAGCCACUGAAGGGGAGAGUAGUUCGAGCUUCCUUCAAUGCCUGAAGAAAACUGACAAUGGCCCUGCAAUAUCCAAGAGCUUCCACAUGAAAGACAAUCUUUUUUUUAAAACACUCCUCAAGUGUGCAAGAUAGCCAUUUCCCUGAACACGCCAUACUUGGAGGGGGACAACAACUUUCUGAUUUUAUAGUUGAUUUAAAUAUUUAAAAUCUCACUCUAACUUAAUCUUUCAUCUUUUUAACUGGAACUCUUCUUGGUAUAAGGGAUAGUGAAGUAAUUGGGAAUGCUGUCCAGGACUCGAAACUAAGAAUCAAUAUAAGACACUGUUGCACUAUUAGUGCUGAUGCACACACCAGAUUGUUUGAUUUAAUGCAAGAUGAAACAAUAGUCAAUAAAUUUGUAUCAACUGGACUUAAAUUUUUCAUAGUUUGAGCUCCCUUUGAAAGAUUUUCACUAUGUUUUAGCUGCCUGACCAAGUGCACAAGUAGUACAGAAGUUGUUCUUCAUUCACCUCAAGUAGGCACUGAUGGGAACACCACUACUUGAAAAUAUAUACAUUUUUCAAGUUAUUGUUCUAAGAUGCAAAUGCUGAGUUUAAAAACAGACCAUAUUAUUGCACACUAUUGUUAGACAUCAAUUCUUUUAGCCCGUACAGAAUACAUAAUUAGUGGCCUCGUUAGUUCUGUUGAAAACAUCCGUAGAAAUUCAGGUAUGUAACUUCUGGCUAUCUCAAUUGUUCAAAUUCUACCUCAGGUGAUUUGCUUUGCAAUAUGACCUUCGGUGUCUGCCCUACAGAAUGUAGAUUGUUUAUUUUACUUAAGAACUAAUGUGGGUAGACCUUGACUGCACUGAAUGUACAUUGCUGCACAAAUCAUCCCCUAGCUAUGGCCCUCUUCAGGGAUAUUCCCUGCAAAUGUGAGGCUUCAUCAGUCGUGAAUACUUUACCUCCUCAAAACAGUGGCUUUAGACAAGUCGUGCUUUAGUGUUGCUGCUACUGCAGCGUAGUGAUGAAAUUAUUCAGACUACUGUGUCUAGUGGUAAAUAGUGAGGUUAUCUGUAACUAUACUCACUCUAUUUUCAGUUAUUUAAUUAUGGGCUUCAAAUGUUUCAUUAAAUCUGUAUACUUCAGACAUGAUUUGUUGAUUAUCUGUUAUCAUCUUAAACGAAAAAAAUGUUCAAAGCUGUAUACCUUAAAGGAAAGCAAAGGGGUUAGUGAGGAGAACACCUACUAUGGCCUAUUUUUUUAUUUUCUGAAAAGGGAGAAAGAUACUGUGUGUGAAGCACAGUAUGAGGAAUUGAAGGCCAGAAUUCUAGAUGCAACUCUUUACAGCUUUUCUGGUAUGCCAACCUAAAAUAUUCUGUUCCUCUGUUUCUUCAUAUGUAAAACAAGAGUUACACUGUAUGACUGACCUACCUCACAGGGAUGUUGUGAGGGUUAACUCAGCACUGUUUUAUAUUUGAGACUCUUACACAGACUAUACUAGAGGAAAUAAUAGAGAAGAAACAUAACAAAAUGUUUUUAACUAUAUGAAUGUAGCUUUGCUAGUAAUGCAAACUGGUAUUGCAAAAAAUAAAUCUAUUUAUGUAUCUUCAUUUGUCCAUUUAAAUAAAUGACACUUAAAUAUGUAUCUCA